AUGCAAUAAGCUAUUGAGUAUGAAAAUGAAUCUUAGCAAUUAAAUUAAUGUCCAAUCUGUUAAGAGUACAAAGGAGAUAACUUUGAUUUAGAAUGCAAACAUAGAUUCUGCAGAAAUUGUUUAGAAUAGUAUUUAAAUGUAAAGAUAGACGAAGGAAUAGUGAUGCAUAUUAGGUGUCCUUCCUGCUCAUAUACCAUCUCUUAUGAAGAAGUAGUUUAAAUAAUACAAAAAUUAAAACUUGCAAAAUUUGAGAAAUUCAGAACCUAAUACAAGGGCGAAAACAACCCAAGUAUGAGACAUUGUCCCAAUAAAUCCUGCGAUUUAUAUGUACUCUUGGAUACCGAUAGAUGUAUAUGUGGUUAGGAAAUAUGUAAGGAUUGUGGAAAUGAAUCCCAUGGAUUUAGUAGUUGUAAUAAAUUGAUGGACGAAAUAUUUGUAUUGGACAGCAGACAAGAAAAGAUCUAAAGAUGUCCCAAAUGCAAAAUUAUUGUUCAAAAGGAAGGUGGAUGCAAUCAUAUGACAUGUAAGAGAUGUCAAUAUCAAUUCUGUUGGAUUUGCAGGAGAUAAUACACAUCUAAACAUUAUAAUAAUUACAAUUACUUUUUUGGAUGUCCCAAUAAGCAAUACACUAAUACCAUGCCAUGGAAAUAUCCAAAGUUAUAUUAAAUACUGCCCUUCGUUUUAUUAUUCAUAAUCUCCCCACUUUUGAUCGCCUUGGGUAUUUUACUGCUUAUAUUACAUCCGUUUUCCGGAUCCUAUUACUUAUUUAAUCGUUCUGAUAACCUAGCAGCAGUUGGUAGGCUGUCACGAAUUCAAAUGCUAUUGAUCAGUUUUUUUGUUUAUUUUAUUGGGGGAAUAGUCCUUUACCCCUUUGUUGUCUUAUACGAAUGUAUAUUACUACUAGUGUUUUUAUUGUCUUUGCUAAUCAAAUUUAUUAAGAGCAGAAGGAAUUUUUGA